UAAAUUUAAGGGAUUACUUCCAGCUUAUUCAGUAGCUCUUUAGAAAUCGUAAAUCAAACAAUUCAUCAAUGGCGUUUAAAUUGUUCACCAUAUUUUUGGUCUUGUUUUUAAUACAGGCCGCAUUUGGUAAAUCCAUAGACUCUUCCAAAUCCGCUGAGUCUGUCGAAGAAAAGGAGUCAAUAAAGCCCAAACAUUUACUUUUCAUCUAUGCCGCUGGCAGUUUCCUACAACUAAUCCAACAGUUUAGCGACAAAGCAGCCGAUUCAAGCCGUCAAUUAUUAAAAGACGAUUCUUUGCUGGCCAAUGACCAACCCGAAGUUCUAGAGUUUAAACAAAAUUUAACCAUGUUUGUGGAAAAAUAUGAUGCCAACAAAGAAACAGAAGAAGUUUUUGAUAUAAUGGAACUAUAUGGCCAGACUGUCGAUCACUAUUUUGACCUUGACGAUGAUGAAUUGACACCGGAAUCAACAUUUAUCUUGGAUGUAUUAAACAAAUAUAAGCAUAAGGAAAUACAAGCGGAAUUUAUUAAAGAAUUUGAUGAAUUUGUGGAAAAAUUCAAGCAAAUAUUUGAAAAGUCAAAAUCGCAGUUGGGAGAGCCGGAGUUGGAGUGGUAUGAGAAAUUUCAAACUUUAACAGAUUUUGUGAAACGAAUUGAAGCUCUUGGUAAUUUUAUAGCAUUGGCUUAAGUUGAGAAAUUGUAAUUAGAGAGAUGUGAAUAAAU